AAAAAAAAACUAUAUUUUAUUUAUCAGAGAGAUGAAAAAUUGUUGAGACAACAUUUAUAGGGCAAGAAACAGAGGAUCUUAGUUGACAAUGAACAGAAAUUGGAUAUGAUAGUAGGAGUGCCUCAAAUUCAAUGGUUGGGUGGUGCACGGAGUUUCCACCGGCACUCCGUGAAACCUGAAAUCCCUUCGUUAACCUCAAACAUUGUCCGUUUUGAUAAGAAGAGAAAAGAAGUGACAAUAUGCGGACUCCGUUCAAGCCACAAAACGCGUCGUCGUUCAAGAGUAAUCUCGAAAGAGAGCAUUGAAGUAAUUCACGCUUUGAAACUUGCGAAAUCCCCCCAAAAGCUUCAACAAGUGCUCAACACAAGACUCUCAAGGCUCUUGAAGCCAGACGUAUUGAUCCUAUUGGACGAGUUGCAACGACAAAACCAACUCCAAUUAUCCCUUACGGUUUUCAACUUCAUUCGCGAGGAGCUAGGAUAUGAUUCGCUGCUGCGGGUGUACGCGGACAUGAUACAGCUGCUGGGGAGAAACAAGAAGACGGAGAUGGCAGAAGAGUUGUUUAGUGAAGCGGUGGCGAAGGGAUUGAAACCGGACACGAGGAUAUGCAGUGAGGUGAUUGGGGCCUAUUUGCAAGUUGGAAUGGCGGAUAAGGCAAUGAACAUUUACGGAUCCAUGAAGGAAUGGGGUUGUUCCCCCGAUGAAUUGACCUUCACUAUAUUGAUUAGGAGUCUAGAGAAGAUUGGCCAACAAGACCUCGCCGAAUCUCUCAAACAAGAGUGUGUUCAUUAUGUCCACUUGCCUCAUAAAUUCGUUCGACAAAUCCAACAGAAACAUGUCAAAAAGAGACAUGCGGAUCUUGUAUGAAAUUUUCCAACAUCGGAUGAUGGUCUUUUUAGAGUGAUAGAUUGUGUUGGUGGGGUGGGUUUGUAGCUGCAAUGUUGAUAAUAUCAUUUGUACUCUGAUUUAAUAAUUAAGGAACGAUUGCUGAAGCAAAAUUCACUAUUAUCCUGUAAUCAAAGUUUUGAAAUGUUUAUUAUCUGCUCUUAGCAUGUUGAAAUACGUGGUAGGUUUGUAGCUGAUAUGAAUUCAGAUUUCAGACGCCAAGUUUUGUUUUCCCAAAAUUUUUCAAUCAGCAAUUAUAACUUACAUGUGGUGCUUCUGCUUGUGCCACGAUAUACCUGAUAUUGAUUUGAAUAUGGUAGAAAAGUAUAGUAGUGCCUCUUGUGUUGGCUUCUUGUAAUGUUACAAAACAUUAUUAUUCUUAAUAUUAGCA